AUGGUUGCCAAAGAGAAAGUCAGAGUCGCCGUACCUCAAAUUGAGCCUUCAUGGCUCGACAAAGACUCGGGUCUUCAAAGGAUACUAGAAGUCAUUAAGGAGGCUUCUGAGGAAGAUGCCAAGCUGAUUGCAUUUGGAGAACUGUUCUUACCUGGUUACCCGAGUUUUCUGUACGGUGGAAGAAUGAAUGAUGUGUACAAACAUGGGAUACAAUACGCAAACAACGCCGUCGAGGUGGACGGCCCUGAAAUUGCCGCCAUUCGAUACGCUGCCAGAGAUAACAAGAUUAUCGUUCAUGUUGGUUUCACGGAAAGAGACGGGAAAUCAUUAUAUAUGUCCAACGUUAUCAUUGAUGAACAUGGAGAAGUCUUACUCCACAGACGUAAAAUCAAGCCUAGUCACUACGAGCGUGUACUGCAUGGUGAGGGAGGUCCCGAAAGCGCCAUCAAUUGUGUCGAAACAUCGAUCGGCCGUAUCAGUGUCCUCAACUGUUGGGAACACUUCCAGCCAUUGUUGAAAUUCCACACCUAUCAUCAAAGGCCUCUGAUUCACAUUGCUGCUUGGCCAAUGUUGCAUCCAUAUGGAGGAGAGGAGCAGUGGGCACACUGCGUUGAUUCUGGAGUUGGGGUCACCCGAACUGUAGCUUGCGAGUCAGGUGCUUUCGUCCUGUGUGCUACAAACAUACUCACCGAGAAAGGAAUGAAGAUCAACCACGUUCCAGGAAUCUCCGUCAACACAGGUGAUGCCGCUGGCCAUAUCCAACCUGGAGGUGGAUUCAGCGCUGUGUAUGCUCCGGACGGUUCAAAACUUUCUAAAGAUAUAUCGGAUCUUGAAGAGACCGUCUUAUAUGUCGAUCUUGACCUUGACAUGGUACCUUUCGCAGCUCUGGUACAGGACACUGUGGGGCAUUAUUCUAGACCAGAUAUGUUCCACUUGGUCGUCAAAUCCCAACCCGCUCCCUUGGUCGUCUAUCAAACCGAAGAUGGUAAACAAAUUUCCGCUCCAAGUAGAGUCAAGCCCUUCAAAGCCCUUCCACCUUUAGAAGGACACCUUUGA